CCCAUCAUCAGUUUUAGUUUCCCAAUCCCAAGUCUUUGUGUGAAAUCUUUCAACAAAACGACGCUUUCUAAGGGAGCUUUUUAUUAAAAGUUUUGAUUAGUAGUAAUAUGAGUAAUGCACCCUCUCAAAAUGGAUCAGGUCUAGAGCAGCAGCUUGCUGGUCUGGACUUGCAGGGCGGCAAUAAGCAGCCUACAGGCCGAUACGUGCCCCCUCAUCUUCGCAACAAGCCCGCUGGCGAAAGUCGUGGAGAUAGCGGACAAGACACCCGAGGCGACAGCAGGGGAGAUUCUCGAGGUGGUGAUCGCGGAUAUUCCUCCUCCAACUACGGUGAUAGAGACCGUAACCGCAACUCUGGUGGAGGUGGAGGAGGUGGCGGAGGCGGCGGUUACUAUAACCGGGGUUCAGGCGGUCGCCGAGAUGACUACGAUCGCAGAGGCAAUGAUCGCCGCAGGAAUGGAGACUAUGAUUCCCAUAAUGGUGACAGAUGGGAGGAUCGUGGGGAACGUGGUGGAUACCGCGGCAGAGAUAGCAAUGAUUCUUGGGGCAGCCGCGGUGGCGGUAGCUGGGGUGGCCGGGACCGUAGGGAGGAAGACCGCGGACCUCCACGCAACAACGACCGCUGGCAGCAGCCUCGAGAUAACGACUGGACGGUCCCCUUGGCCAAGGACGAGCGCCUGGAGUUGGAACUGUUCGGCACUGGCAACACGGGCAUUAACUUCAACAAAUACGAGGACAUCCCUGUUGACGCAACUGGGGAGGACGUUCCCGGCCAUAUUGACUCUUUUUCGGAUAUCAAGAUGACUGAGAUAAUCUCAAACAACAUAGCAUUAGCUCGUUAUGACAAACCCACCCCUGUGCAGAAGUAUGCGAUCCCCAUCAUCAUGGCCCGUCGAGACGUGAUGGCAUGUGCCCAGACAGGUUCUGGCAAGACCGCUGCGUUUCUGGUGCCCAUUCUGAACCAGAUGUAUGAGCGAGGCCCUCAAGCCAACGGCUCCAACACUCAGAGGAUGUACGGCAAGCGCAAGCAGUACCCACUGGGCUUGGUAUUAGCCCCAACUCGUGAGUUGGCAACCCAGAUUUACGAUGAGAGUCGCAAGUUUGCCUACAGAUCUCGACUUCGCCCCUGUGUUGUGUACGGAGGGUCCAAUGUAGGUGAUCAGAUGAGGGACCUAGACAGAGGCUGUCACUUAUUGGUGGCCACUCCUGGACGUCUAGUGGACAUGUUGGACAGAGGGAAGAUCGGUCUGGACCAGUGCAGUUUCCUGGUGCUAGACGAGGCCGACAGAAUGUUAGACAUGGGUUUUGAACCCCAAAUCAGAACAAUAGUUGAGAACAAUGGAAUGCCCAAAACUGGAGAACGGCAGACACUCAUGUUUUCUGCUACGUUUCCCAAAGAAAUUCAGAUGUUGGCAAGAGAUUUCUUGGACAACUACAUUUUCCUUGCCAUUGGCCGUGUGGGAUCAACCUCAGAGAACAUCACUCAGAAGGUGGUUUGGGUCGAAGAGUCGGACAAACGCAGUUUUCUUCUGGACCUUCUCAAUGCUAUCCAACUAAACCAUCCCUCUCCAGAGUCACUGACGCUGGUGUUUGUGGAGACCAAAAAGGGAGCCGACUCUCUAGAAGAGUAUCUGGACCAGCUCGGCUUCCCUGUCACUUCUAUCCACGGUGAUCGCACCCAGCCCGAGCGAGAGGCUGCUCUGCGACGCUUCCGCUCCGGCCAGACACCCAUCCUAGUUGCUACUGCGGUGGCGGCUAGAGGAUUGGAUAUCCCUCAUGUGAAGCAUGUUAUCAACUUUGACCUGCCCAGCGAUGUGGAGGAAUACGUCCAUCGUAUUGGACGUACUGGCAGAAUGGGUAACCUUGGAACGGCUACAUCAUUUUUCAACGACAAAAACAAGAACCUAGUGAGAGAUUUGCUGGAGCUGCUGGUGGAGACGAAGCAGGAGGUGCCUGCAUGGUUAGAGGACAUGGCGGGAGAGGUGCGGCAACCUAUGUCUCGUGGCAGAGGCGGCUCCAAGGGUAACCGGUUCAGCAGUGGGUUUGGAGCCCGGGACUACCGUACCCAGAACCCAGGUGGAGGUGGGGGUGGUGGCCGCAGCGGCAACUCUCGUCAGGGAGGAUAUGGCGGAGGGCAAGGAGGAGGGUACUACAGCGGUGGAGGUGGAGGAAGCAACUACAACAACUACUCCAGCAACAACAGUUCCGCCAACAACACCUCGUCUGGCCACGACUGGUGGGAGCAGUAACAUCUCUCUGGUGGCUUGUCCUCUCUCAUUCCACCGCCGCUUUGUUUGUUCCUCCUCGUGGAUCUAUAACUCUUCCCCGCACCGGACACUCGGACAGAUCCAAUGGUGGGAACGCUCGCGCUCGUUCCGGAUAUUGAGUUGUCAUUAAUUUUGGAAAUCAAAGAUCAGAUGGGCUGUAAAGGUUACUGUGCGAUAUUUAGGUUAGUUCAUUUCACAUGAGUGAUUGUUAAGUUUUCAUACCAUUACAGUAAAUACGACGCGAUAAGAGUAUUUAUUUCGUUUAGUAUAUUUUUAUAGUUUCGUUUUCAAUAAGCGGAGUGUCCUUUUAUGUCCAAAAACAUUUUAGUUUUAAAAUUUAGGAUAUUUAAAAAAAUUCUUUUUUACUUGAUGUUGUCUUCAAUAAUUAUUUUUAUAUCUCACUGUAAAUUGUACAUGGCAUGAAUCAUAUACAUGAGCCAAUGAAUAAGAUUAAACUUAGUCAUCUUUAUGGUAUUUAAAACUGAAUUAAGAAUCAAGUAUUGUGUAUUGAGCCCCACAAACUAGUUGGAACUAAAAAUGUAUUUUUUUAUCCACAGAAGUAUCUUAGCGAGUUGUGUUAGGUGGGUUGAGUUGUUAUGACAGUGGACAUGAGUGUCAGUGGAGAGGCUGUGCCAACAUGGAUCUGUGUGCAACGAUUCUUAUUUCUCAGGACAAUCUUCAUUUUAUUAAGGUACAAGGUAUAUUUAAUGCACUUUACAGUCUUAAUCACGAAAUCUAGAUAAAAUGAAGAAUGUCCGUCGAAAAACUUGCAUAUUAAAUGACGAGUCAGUAAUAUAUAUUUUCAGUGUUAAAACAGUUGUCGCGUCAAAGAUAUAGAUUCGAUCUAAAUGUCAGUAGCUUAGGUUACAACAUCAUUAGAGUUUUUUAUUAAACUGUUAUUAGGAGAUUUUUGUAUUUUAAGGUGGACAUGAGGGAGCAAUUUAUUUAUUAUUUUAACCCAGUAGGGUUGAAUAAAACAUCUGUUUUCCUAUUUUAAA